CAAUACCAAUACCAAUAUCAAUAACACAAACAGCACAAAUUCUUUCAUCAACGAUAUGACGACGACGACGACGAUGAUGACGACGAUGAUGAUGAUGGAUGGAAAUGAAGACUGUUGUCAGCAAUUUUCCGUUGAACACACUUUACAGCAAGCCGGUCUAUUGCACAAUACCAAUACAGUGAGUGGCAGCGUUGCUGGUAGCACUGCUGUUGCCAACGGAGCUAACAAUACUAGUAAUGUCCGUUAUCAGCGGCCGUCAGCUUUGCCCAUUGUUCUCGAAGAGGAAGCUGGUGAAUUUCAGGAUGUUCUCGUGCUGGAAGAAGAUGGUACGGCGAAACUGCCGUAUCGUCACGGUAAAAUUGAAGUGAGUCUCGAAACCGCUCAGGCCAUGGCUGCUGCCGCCUAUUAUGCUAGAGCAGCACAAAAACUUGCACAAGGCACAUCGCUAAAGUCGUCACGCACCACUGACAUGUCAGCCAACUCUUCCACACGUAAUGGUGGUUUUUGUGGUGCCCUACAAAGAGCACCGCCUCCCAUGCCACCCGGUGUGGCUAGACGUUUGGCCAACAAAGAAAAUUACGGUCUAGGCAAGGUUAAAGUAAUGCUACGUGUAGCAGAUGUUCAUACAGAUGCUGACAAUCCACACUUCAUGAUGGUAGAUAAGAAAAAAAGGCAAAUUACAUUAACCGAUCCAGCAGCCAUUUCAACCGUGGCUGUAUCUACCUCACAAGAACGCGGGCCCAUGGUAGCAGCGCCUAAAAUGUUUGCUUUCGAUAGUCUAUUUACAACAGACGAUCAACAGUCUGAUGUGUGUGCUUCGGCUUUGUCGGAGGUAAUACCAGCAGUUUUGGAAGGCUCCGAUGGUUGUUUGCUUACCAUUGGUUAUCCUAAUUCCGGCCAGACAAAAACAAUGUUAGGUACCGUUAAUCCGCCCAGUGAACUAGGUGCUAUUCCAUGUGCAAUUUCUUGGUUGUACAAGGGCAUUAAUGAACGACGUCAAAAAAGUGGCGCUCGCUUCUCUGUGCGAGUUAGUGCUUUGGGUGUGAGUGCCACUAAGCCAGAUUCAACGCCCAAGGAUUUAUUGGCCGCUCAUGCCACUGACUCUGAUGAUUCUCCGGGGGUUUAUUUGCGGGAUGACUUUUUGGGUGGUCCUACUGAAUUACGUGCUCCUACUGCUGAGCGAGCUGCCUUGUUCCUAGAUGCUGCUUUGACUGGACGACCGCAAGGUAGUCUUGAGCCUGCUAUGAUAUUUACAUUACAUGUCUACCAGUACAGCUUGUCACGUAAAGGUGGCGUGGCGGGUGGCAGAAGUCGUUUGCAUCUCAUUGAUUUGGGUGCUUGUGCAAAUCGUAAUGGUGGUCUGCCGCUGUCCGGUAUCGGUAAUAUAUUAUUGGCCAUUUUAAGUGGUCAACGUCAUCCACCCAAUAAGGAUCAUCCAUUGACGCCACUGCUAAAAGACUGUCUAGCUCCGUUGACGUGCCAUGUCGCCAUUAUGGCUCAUGUUAUGCAUACACAGUCGCAUACAGAUGCUUUAACGACCAUACAAUUAGCGUCACGCAUACAUCGCAUGCGAAGGCGAAAACAUCGAUUCCCCUUAAGCGGCAGUGGGGGUGGUAACGGCGCUGAUAAGUCGGGAAUGAAUGGUUUGCAAAGUGGAUUAAAUGGCCAUCAAUCAACCGGAUCUUCGGCUGGUUCAGGUGCUGACCCCUCUAGUUCAGAGUUGUCGGCCGACACAGUAAUUUAUAUGGGACCUAGUGAUGAUGCCACUGAUGGUGAGCACCCUCCAGUUUAUCUUCCUUCUUUAAGUAGUGGUGAUAAUCGUGGAGUAAUGAGUAAAGCGUUAAAGGGCAGUGGCGUAGAAAAGCAACAGCCUAGUCCUAGUAAGGUGCCAGGUGCAGCAAAAAAAUUAGUUAAUUUGAAGGCCCCCCAAAGUCCUGUUGCGCAGGUACGCUCUGGAAGUUUUAAUCGCAAUCUAACAAAUCAACAGCAACCGCCUAAUCAAGUACAACCCCUCCCCACUCCUUCAGCAAGUAGCAACGAACAACAACCCCAAUUUUUCUCACCUGUACAUAGUGUUAAAACCUUGUCACAUCCUAACUCUUCCCCAUUACGUCACGUUGGACUUACUAUGAUGUGUUCGAAGGGUUCAAAUGUACCCACGCCAAAAGGUUCUCCAUUGCGACGACCCGGGGUUGGGGGCACAAACGAAACCUUGGAAUGUAACGGAAGUCCUAUGCGUCAGGUUAGUGAAGAGCAGUGGGUUGACGGUCCUCGUAUAUCACGAGCCAAGGUAGCUGAAGCUCGACACUUGUUAAGGGAAGUAAAUCACGUCAAACAAUGUGAAACUUGGAUAGAUGGCCCUAAAUCACAAUCAAGUCGUUCUUUGACGGCUGGCAAUUUGCCAAUCGCUCCGUCUCAGAUUCAGGGCUAUGGUUUUAUGGAUUCACAUAAAAAGUCUAUGAUACGUCAAUGGGUUGAGUACCAAACCUCACAAGUCUUCCAGACCGCUUCGGCCGGAUCGUCGCCCACCCAUCAUCAUAGAGAGCAGCAAGCGCAACAUUUACGAAACAUUACCUAUCAUAUGGCUCAACUGAAACAAAAAUCAUUAGAUAAUCCUGACGAUUUAUAUGCAACCAGUACAAGACAAUUGCAACCACAAAGUCUACAGCAUCAGCAACAGCAACUGCUACUGAAUAAUGACCAGCAUUUAUUGCGUAAUAGUCAACUGGAAUUGAUCAAUUCCAUCGCCACGGGUCUGACCACAGGCGUUAGUACAACCAAUACUUCAGCACCAGCCGAAAUAAGAGGAGCGCAACAUUACCGACAAAAUUCCGCCCAAACCCAUCCACCUCUUGGCACACACUACAUAUCCGACAACAAUUUUGUCAACGAAGAAACCGAAUUGCAUUCAACGCAUUCGCUGCACACAGCUCACACGGUCGGUUAUGGCAUAUUAAAUAGUCAUCAGAUGCAACAAACGCAGCAACAACAUUACAUACCAACAACAUCAGCUUCCGACACUGGUCAUGCAUUGCACACAUUGAACUCGCAGACAAACGCAGCUGACUGUGAUGAAGAUCAGGAUAGUGGGCCAUCUGAGGUGCCACCAGCUUUGCCGCUUAUUGAGCCGCUAGGUUCCCGCGAAAUCUCGCACGAAAGUCUGCAUCGUAUAUUAUCGCGUCAUGUAUCACGUGAAUCUCUUUAUCAACAACAGCAACAGCAGCAAGAGCUUAGACGGCAAGAGGACCAUUUAGCACAGCAGCAACAGCAACCCCAAUUAUCACGUCGGUCAAAGAAUCAUUAUUCACAACAAUCGCAUAGCAGUAGCAUGGGCAUGUCCGACUGUGCAUUGCAAGUAACGGAAGAGGAAAUAGCGCGCACUAUGGCCGGAGGCGAACAUCCAUUAGCUGCUUUAAGUCACUGCGAAAAUAUGUCUAUUGUCUCAAGUUUUCAUGCGGCUGGUGAUGCGUUUAGUGAUUGUGCAAUGGGUGAAAGAACGAGGAACCAAUUCGAUCAACUAGCGCGUUUACGUGAGAUAUUUACAUCACAGCUAGCUAUGGCGGAGGUGACACCAGUAUUCCGUACCGGUUGCGAUGUGGGUAGUGUAUACAGUGAACCUGCUUACCGUUUCAAUACUGGACCUGGCAGUGUAUGCAGUGAACCACCUUAUCGGCCUCCAACUCCGAGACAGCCCUCCCGAAGUCCCAGUCAGGGAAGUGUGCCUAGUUUGAAUGGUAUUAUGCAAAUCGCUGGUAUGGAACAAUAUGCCUCCCUUCGACAUCCAGAUGGAGCUUCCGAUCCCAAUCUACCUAAGUUAGAAAAACCGUUUAGUAGCGCAGAACAUGAUAAUAUAGGCGAAGUGGAUGAAAAAUCUGCUUUACUCACCAACUCGAAGAGGCCCUCCUUUGAACCUGAUGAGGAGCAAGAUGAUGUUGUUCUAACUCAAUUAUCUACUUCGCUCCAGUUAGCCAAUCAAUCACAGUUACCUUUGUUGCCUUUGAAUACCUCAUCAGAAGCUUACGAUAGUGGCCACGAUUCUUCCACACCAAGAACUUCUAAGCAUUCGGGUAUUUCACGCAGAGCCGAAAGCGGCUAUCACAGUGUGGCCACCGCACGUGACAGUGACGAGAGUAGCUUCACUUCAGGCUUAUCGAAAGAGCAUCACAAUCGUAUAGUAGUGAAGAGAAAGCAAAAGGACAAAGGUUUGUGCACUUGGUUGAUGAAUCCAUUCACCUGUACUUAUCCAGAAACAGAGGGAGAAGUAAGCGAUUUUUAAAAUGGAGAAGACUUGAAAAAUCUCCAAUUUUAUCCCAAAGAAAGAACCCACCAAUAAUAAUUGCAUUUAGAUUUGUAAAGUGGCCAAAUUUUUAUUUGUAUGUUUUUACGAGUGUUACAAUAUUAUUACAAACAGUUUUUAAAAAUAUUUUACAGUUCCGUUAGGGGUAAACAAAUGACUGAGAACGUUUAUGUUUUUCGAUUUUGUUUAUUUUUAUUUAUUUAUUUAUUUAUUUUUUUCGUUCUUUUUUUUGUUUUAAUAGAUAUGAGUAAAUAGAUAUAGGAAUUAGGGGAAAAAUAUUAAAAUUUUCUUAUGGUAAAUAGAAACUAAAAAUGUUUGCAAGCUUUACGUUGUUCAGCAAAGCCUGAAAUAUAUGUUUAGAAGCUUUUGCUUUAGCUAUAAAUAAACUAUAGGCACAAAAUAGUGAAGCAUGGGCAUAAGUGAGAUUCUAUUUUAAUAUGUAAUAAGGAAAAUAAAUUUCGAGUCGUUUUGUUGAAACGUGCUUCCCGUGUAUGUCUACCAUUCGUUGCUUCUUAUGUUUCCGCUACGAGCAAUUAUAAGAAAAUUUAGAAAAAUCUAUGUGUUACGUAAAAAAUAUUCAACAAGCCUUUCUAGCAAGAAAGAUGAGGAUUAAGUAGCUUCUCGUUAGCAAUUUAAUCUCCAAUCGCAAUCGCUUUUCAUUUUAUCUUUUGUAAAUUAUCUCCGGCUCUAUUCCUUUGUGCUAUCCUUUCUUUAUAAUUUCACAAAAACGUUGACAAAUUAAGUCUACUUAACAGUUAUGUUAUGCUGUAGUAGCUUUCUACGCCUACUUAUACAUUGAAGUAAACUACAAAUUUUAUAUACUUAAGUACCGUAAUUAGAAUAAAAAUAUAUUGAAAUAUGAAAUAAUUUUGUUGCCAGUUUUUGCCUGUUUAAACUAUGUUGAAUAGAUUACUAAAGUUAUUAUAUUGAUUCCAUAGAAAACAAAAAAAAAUA